AAAAUGAAAGUAGGAAUUAUAGGGUUCGGUAAUCUUGGCCGGUUUCUUGCCGAUUUUAUUCAGAAUUCCAAAGACAUGGAGCUAGAAUUCGUUUGGAAUCGUUCUAAGGUUGAAAUGGAGGGCAUCCCGGAAAAGCUAAUCCUGGAUAAACUGGAGGACCUCUUAAAAAGAUCCGCGGACCUAAUUGUCGAAGUUGCGCAUCCAAGUAUUGCUAAGGAUUACGGGAAAAUGAUUUUGUCUGUGUCAGAUUUUUUUAUCGGUUCUCCGACGGCGCUGGCUGAUCAGACGACAGAAGAUAGUUUAAGAAGUACUGCUCUACAAAACGGCCGUGCUUUGUAUGUGCCAAGCGGUGCGUUUUGGGGCGCCCAGGAUAUACAAAAAAUGGCGCAAAGUGGAAGUUUGAGUUCCUUAAAAGUCACCAUGAAAAAGCAUCCGUCGUGUUUUAAGCUGAGCUCCAAAAAAAUGGAACUUCUGAACAAACAAUCUAUACAUGAAGACAGAAUUGUUGUGCUGUUCGAAGGUUCUGUUAGAGAACUCUGUCCGCUUGCUCCUAACAACGUUAAUACAAUGGCAGCCGCUGCCAUCGCCGCGUCCAAUCUCGGUUUCGACAAUGUAGUCGGCUGUCUGGUAGCAGACCCAAAAAUGGGGGAUUGGCAUAUCGUUGAAAUUGAAGUCGGCGGCGCAACAAGCGCUAACGGAGACAAAUUUACUGUCAAAACUACCAGAAGUAACCCUGCAAACCCAGGAGCAGUGACUGGCAGUGCUACUUUCGCGUCUUUUAGGCAGAGUUUGUUGCAGGCUAAAAAUAGAGGACCUGGAGUUCAUUUGUGCUGAUUACAUGCGUUUUGGUGUUUAAAAGAGGGGGUAAAUCACUUUACAACAGUGAUACCUCAUUGGUGCUGUUGGUAUAAAGUGCAAUAUGGUCUAACUUAAGCGUAGUAAUUAUAAAAUUGGUGGGAGAAAAUGAAUCAUGGUAGGCUACAUUUAAUAAACAAUGGUACUGGUCGAUUUUUUUGGGAAUAAAUAUUACAUAAUUGUUUUAAAUUAAAAAAAUGGUCAGUGACACAGCUUUAAACUUUGUAACGUGCCACAUCAGGAAGAAAAUGCAUACAUAUGGUGAAUCUAGGAUUAGCAAUAGAGAAUGACUAUUGCGAAAAAAAUGUCGGUCACGAAUAUUAAAAACCUGUGGCCGUGGUAGUACAUCCAUACGCGGACAAGCAGAAAUGGAAAAUUACCAUUCAAAUGACCUAGAGGUAUAAUAACGUUGGGACUCUACCGUUUCAUACCGUAAGGCCGCGGCUAGGAAAAGUGUUGUGUCCGUUACAACGACGUAUUUACGUGUCCGUUAUGUGUGCGAAGAGAAAUAAAAAAUGUCGACCACGAA